AUGAAACUCUUACUUAGUGCAUUAAUCAUCCUUAUCAUGGUUUUUUCAACAAUAAACAAGGCAUUUUCUUCCUUUGCAGUUGAUAUUUAUCCUUAUACUACCUUUGUGACCGUAGAAGCAUUUAAUUGUACUAAAUUUUUAGGCUUUGAACGAGUCAUUAUUAGAGGUUAUUUUGAAGAUUAUGACCGUAAACAUGGAGGUUCUAUCGAUUCUAAUUUAUUAAAAAAUUACAAACAUGCUAAAAAAGGCGGGUACACUUACAUUGAUGUUUAUAUGUCCCCAUGUACUGGAAGGUCAACUUGUAAAACUCCUUCACAACAAGUUAAUGAAUUAGUACAAUUUAUUUCUACUCAUAAGUUAAUAAUUCAAACAAUAUGGUUAAGUAUUGAUAUAAAUCCAGAUUCUCAUAAUUGGGAUUUGGGUCCGAUUGAAAACAGAAAAAUAUUAAAAGAAUUCCUUACUGCUUGGAAAUCUACCGGUUCGAAAUUCGGUAUAUACACUAGUCAAUCUCAAUGGGAAAUGAUUACUGGUGAUAUAAAUUGGGUUUUAGAUUCUAGUAUACCUUUAUGGUACGCAAUUUAUGAUAGUCAUCGUAUUUUGGAUGAUUACCAAAUUUUUGGUGGAUGGACUCAGGGUACGGGUAAACAAUAUGCUGGUGAUUCAAAGUUCUGCGGAGGAAGUUGGUAA